AGGUUAGAUUCUGAUGACAAUAAUGGACUCGCAGCGCAGUAGACCCCAUUCAAUGAAAAGAUGGCUGGUCCUCGUGGGAUUAUUCGCCGUCGGAUAUUUCGACAUCGGAUCGAUAAAAUCACUCGGCGUCAUCCUGGAGGAAAUGGCAAACGAAUUCCAAACGUCAAUUGGUGUCGUCGGACUUGCGAUUGGACUAUCUCAUAGCGUUGCACAAUUCUUUGCGGUGAUGAAUAUUCCCCUUCUUAAGAAGUUUUCAGCCGGUAAACUCGUCUUCGCAGGCAGUGUCAUAGCUGGUACAGGAUUCAGCCUAAUGUGUUUUGCAACAGCUUGGGUACAUUUUCUUCUACUAAUGAUCUUAGUAGGGUUUGGUUAUAGCGUAGUCAUCCUUCCUGCCCAGAUCAGUGUGAUCUAUUACUUUCCAGAUCACUUUGAGAUUGCCUCUACCAUUGUCCUCCUCGGCAGUGGUGUUGGUAUGAUGACACUCCCAUUACUUACAGAACUUCUCGACGAGGUUUACUCCUGGCGAGGAGCUAUUCUUGUCAUAGGGGCCUUGAACCUACACUCCUGUGUAACGGCGUUGCUUAUGAUGACCAGUGAUCAUCAGCAUGCUGAACCAAAGGUCAGAUCGGCAAAAUCACACUCAUCACAGGUUAAUGAAGACCCCGAAUUAACAGUAUCCUUGAUAAAUGAACGAGAUGCGUUUGGUCCCGGAAGUGAAGAUGGUGUUGACGCCGAUGGUAAUGAUUACGAUGGCGGUGGUGAUGGUGAUGGUCGUGGGGGUGGUGGUGGUCGUCGUGGUGGUGGUGACGGGGUGAAAGAUGGUUGGAAUGAAGAUGGGUUCUUCCAUUCUAUCAUCAAGAUCGCAAGAAAGAUGUUUCUGGAUACAUUUGACCUAAAACUCCUCUAUGAAUACCCUCGCUUCACCAUAUUCUGCCUGGCCGAGGUGGCUUCUGCCGUCAGCUACUAUGGUUGGAUUGUAUUCUUGAUCCCAAAUGCCGAAGCCAAGGGUAUCCUUCCCGACAGAGCAGUCUUACUUGCAACCGUUGGUGGGACUGCGAACAUCUCUGGAAGACUCACCAUGGGACUCCUUUCUGCCCGAUUCAACAUUAGACCACAGAUCAUCUACAGUUUGGUCUGCAUCCUGUCGGCAGCGGCGUACUUUUACAAUUCCUUCACCAAGCGUUUCCUCGUUCUUGGCUGUUUAGCGGCCGUGAAUGCCUUUGCAGGGGGGGUGAAGGUCAUCAGUGCUACACUGCUUUCCAAGAGCAGUGUCCCAGAAGAAAGAUUUCCAUCUGCAAUGAUUUUAGUAUCACUGAUCUUUGGUUUAGGAGAGUCAUUCGCCGGUUUUAUCAUUGGUGCUGCGUACAAUGCCACCGAAUCAUUUGAUAUCAUGUUCUGUAUACUUGGAGUUGCCAGUUUAAUUGAAUCAUGUCUCGUCAUUUCUCCGAUCAUCAUGGAUUUGAUAAUCGCCAUCAUCACCGUCAAAAGGACAUAAUAUGUGUAUUUUAUAUACAAAUAAUGCAGAGUUUCGAGUAUGAUGGUCCGUGCGAUACAGCGUCCGUAGGUGUAUUUAGAACAUGUAGAAUGCGCUUUUACAUUAACAUUGCCAAUACCCGAGAUGCUUGCAUUGCCACUAACGUACCGACUUUAAAUCCUCUAAAUUAUUUGUUUUAUAACACUGGUAGGCAACCAAUGAAUCUGUGGAUAAUAUUUUCUCUUAAAGGGAUGCCCCUCCGUAUUUCCUCGGAUUAAUGCCCCAGUCGAUAGAGAGAAAAAGGUAGAGGACUAUUUUCUUUUAUUGAUUUUGAAUAUGUAAAGAAAUGAAUAGACAUCAACUGAAAUGUACUUCUCAAAUUUAUUUCAUUUGACUUUAAUAUUUGAAAACAUUACAGUAAAAUAAAAAUAAAUUCAGUCUGUAGGUUUCUAAAUCAUGAAGAUAACUGCAAUUCAAAUUAUAUUUGGAAUGUAACAAUCCAAUAAAUAUAUGAAAGUAGUUGAGUAAUAACAAAUAAUCAUGUAUAAUUAUAUGAACGAUGCAUUCAAGAGUAUAGUUUGGAAAGAAAUUAAUGACCGCGAGUGUAAUUAUUUUUAGGGAGGCUUAUCAAGAGAAAGAAGUCUACGGCAACACUCAUAGAUGGAUCAAUAUCACGAAUAUACAUAGACCUACAUGUACAUGAUGCCUCAGGAAUAUGCAACGUGAAUUGCUAAUGUUGUACUUAAAGGAAUUAGUAAAAACUGAUUUGACUUAAAAAAAUUCUGAGCCGCAAGUUAACAUUUGUCACAUGUGUCAGUAAUAUAUUGUAAAACCAAAGCCCAGACACACACCCACACUCACACACACACACACACACACACGUAAAACUGCACCUGAAAAUUAUUGUUUAGUGCUUUAAAGGUAUUAUUUAACUUUGUGAGCAGUCGAUUUAAAAAAUUCUCAAACCAAGAUGAAACAUGUAUAACAUGUACUAGAACUAAAAAAACCUGAAAACAACCAUUAUUGAGAAUGAAAAGCUAAAAAUACAAAGCAAACCCUGAUUUUGUAAUUAGGCGUCUUAAAUACACUUAAAUAGAACACACAAGUGUAUGGGAUGAAAUUAAGAUGGUGUUUCCGGUCACUUUAUGUUUCACUUUUUAAAGCACUAAUUAAUGAUUUUCGGACGCGAUUUUUUCUGGGCUUCAUUUUUGUAACAUGUCACAGACACAGGUGACAAGUGUGACCUUCUAGCGCAGAUGUCUUAAAAUUCAAAUCAAUGUUAGCCAAUCACUUUAAAGAAGUAAAACAUGAAGUGAGUGGAAACACCAUUCCCAACUUUAUUCCAUAAAAUGUAUUUGUUACUCCCCAGUAAAUGAAUCACAUUAUUUUUUUUUUCAGUCACAGGUAUUUUCAUUCGAAAUGUUCUUUUCAUUUUACUGAUUUUUCCCGAGAUCUGCUGUCUUGAAAGUGUCUUCACGACAUUUCUUCUUCCAUGGUCCUUUUGUUAUCCAUACCACCUAUAUUAAAUACAACACACUUCAAGGUUCUGGAUUUAAGGCCUUUAUAACGGAAGCGUCGUGGUGUAGCAGGUUCUGCAUGACUCUCGCCUUGUUAUCAGAUGGCCAAGUGUUCGAAUCCCACCGCGGCCUAGCGUCCUUUGGCAAGGCAUCGACCCAAACUAUGUCGCUCUCCAUCCAGCUGUUAAAGAGAUAUACGGUAGGAUGCAAAAGCCUAUGUAGUAUUGCAUAGAAAUUGAAAAUAAAAACGAUUUUUGAAAUCCCAAUGCUCACGAGCAUGACCAUGGAGUCAAGAAAGUGCGGGUAUGCCAGGAUCCGAUGACCGGGGUAAUAGUACAGUAUCUAUAAAGCGCUUAGAGAUGCCGCUCCGAUGUAUAACCGCUAUAUGAAAUCGGAAUUUCAUUGUUAUUUUUAUUAGUAGUAAAAUGGUAUCCGAUGUCUUUAAGAAGGGAUAUUGAUGUAGUUUUUUUCUGGAUCUUCGAUGUCGGCGUAUACCUGCUCAUCAGCGCUUCUUCCAGUCAUCUUAAGACAUUGGUAUUCAUCAGCGCUGCUCCCAGUCACCUUAAGACCCUGGUAUUCGUGCCUGACUCCACUUUGUUGAGGUAGCUCGUAAUGGGAGCUCUUUGGGUCGCUUCCUCUUGCUCCUCCUCCCCCUGCUCUUAUUGGGGCAGCACGUAAGUGAGACAGGUCCUGCUUCUUCUGCUUCCACUUGCUGUUUGUAAAAAGAAUCGGGAUGAUUUUCUUUUAAUAGUAUACUGUAAGUUUGAAGGAUGGGGCAGAAUCCCAUGAUAACAGAAAUACAUGGAAAUAUUAAAGAAAUAUCUAUUUUAAAAAAAUCUGUAAAUAAUUGUGGAGUGAUUACUUGAAAUGCAACGGAAGUUGAUAUGAAAUAUGCCCACCUUUUGCCUCAUUUAGCUGAAAUUAUAUUUCUUAAUUUAUCUGAAAAUUUGGUUCAUAAAGAGUUUAUAUAACCAUAAUUAUAUACAUGUUGUGUUAGACCAGUAAGACGAAAUUUGUAUAGCCUAAAUAGAAUUAGGACAAGAAGGUAAAUAGGUUUUAUGGCAAUAUACUCAAAUGGUAAGUAGACGAUCUGGUUGUAGACGAUCGAACAUGGAGUACUAUAUUUUCCAUUUGCGGGGGUGAGACGAAACGGAAAGUAGGCCUACACGAAGCGGUGAAAGACCAACCGGAAAUUUAUAGCUAAACAAUCUUGAUACCAGAAUCAUGAUAAAAUGUAAGGCAUCUAGUAUUGGUCCUGCUGGCCUACGUUGACAAAAGGGAACAAGUGUAAAAACUUAUGAUAAUCGAUCAAAGAGCUAUUUUUUGUAAUUUACAUUGACACCGACUAGUACGUUGAUUAAUUAGCCACCAUUCAUAGCAGCAUUCGCAUUUUUCUGUCAAAUUUCGUCCGGUAGAGGUUAUCAUUUUUUUUUGUACCACAUAAAGUAAUCUGUUUCGGUUGAUAUGUCACUUUUUUGUCACAUACCCAUUUAGAUCUUUGCCUCUUCGCUCGCAUACGUCAAAGUAGGCCAGCAUAGAUUCACCAACACUACAUGCAAACCUUACUCUAAUUGAAUUCACAUGAUUCUAGUAUUAACAAGCAGUUUAUCAAUAUUUUUUUACUGUAAAUUUCCGCAUUAGACUUUAUUUCAAAUUUAGGGACAAAUAUGAUAGAAAAUAAAGGUCAGCGAAAUCU